CAGUAGUAAUUGCAAUCGUCACUGCCUCACUCAGUCACUUUCACUGUUGGUCAGCAGCUGAGGGUUUGCCUUCCAUUCCAUUUCCAGGUCUGAGCUGAGCUUUGUCAGAGAUUCAUAGUCCAUCUUUUGCUUCCAUGGAAACAUCGAAGGGUCAGAAGAAGGUGAAGGACGAUCUUGUAUCCGUCGACUUCUCCUGGGAAGUUCAAAACUUUUCCAAGUUGAAUAACUUCAAGCAUUACUCUGACGUUUUCGCAAUCGACGAUUAUAAAUGGCAAAUCCUUUUGUAUCCAAGGGGAAACAAUGUAGACUUCCUAUCGGUGUAUUUGGUUGUUGUGGAGUCUUCAAAACUGCCACCAGGAUGGUCUAGAUAUGCUGCUUUCAGCUUGACUUUGGUCAAUCAACUUCAUCCCAGCAACUCAAAAACAUUGGACACUGAGCAUGUGUUCGAUAAAAGGGGAAGUGACUGGGGCUUCACAUCGUUAAUUCCUCUAAGUGAGUUUUGUGACAGUGGUAAAGGGUAUCUUGUGAAUGAUAUGUGUAUCAUUAGGGCCAAAGUUGCUGUCUCGAAGGCUGAAAUUAAUAUAUUAGAACACAAUGCAAGUAGUUCUGCACCUAUUAAGCACUUAAACAAAAAACGUAGAGUGCUGGAUUACGUGCUGGCCAUCAACGACCUUACUUAUGCUCCUCCUGGCCCUCCCAUAGUCAAGGAACCUGAGGACAUGUCUUCCCCACCAGCUGCAGAGCUCGAGGAUUUUAGGGGUUUAGGGAAAAUAGAGAAAGCUUUCGUUCCUCUGCUAGAUGAGGUUUGUUCGUGGCAUCCUUCGCUGACUGAAUGUCAACGCAAGAGAAGUCGCAUGUUUACUGAGUGGGCGUUCACAGCUUUGGGCCGGCUAUUGCAUUUUAUGAAGACGAAAAAGGUCAAGGACAUGACAGAUGAUGCAUGUGAGCAACUGAAACUUUUGUGGGAGGAGCUUGAGGCCUUCAAAUUUGACUUGGCUUGGCUGGCGCCUGGUGUUCAAAGGGCUUUGGACAUGAACAAGAUUGUGGAAAGUGCAGGGAAGUUGAAAAGGUUGAGAAAGGACGUGGACUAGCUGUUGCGGAGGCAAAUCUUGAGGCAGCAGUAAGAGAUUUAAACAAGACUGAAGAAGGCCUGGACGAGAUAGACAUCAACGGUGAGCUAGUUUACGGUAGGGGUUAGCCUUAUUUGAGGAUUCUUUUUUGACGUGCUCCUCAAGUUUGUUAAUGUAGGAUUUUCAAGUUGUAUGAAUAAACAAAUAAACUUGGAAGUUGUAUGCAUGAAGGCUGGCUUCUCUUCUCACUCUCUAAAAGUGCUUUCAGUCAUUUAAAAAGCACAAUCAAACGAGUAUGUUGGAAGGAU